AAAUAACAACACAGAUUUAUGAAUCGGAUUUUUUCUUUGGGUUUUUUUUUUUACACCUUUUUUUCCCCCAACGCGUGAAUCCCAUCAUGUGUGAGGGUUAAAACAAGGUUGAAAACCGAGUCAGAUCACGAUGUGUUUUGCUGCAUGUUGUAUGUAAGGUUGUAUAACUAAGAACGAUUGCUUUCGUUCGUCGAGUUGCUGAAUUGCGUGUUAAGUUUCUGACGUUUCGGUUCGUUUCCAUAAAAAUGUACUACUAGCGGUCAUUUCAUAUAAAUCAGCGCGAUCGCUUUUAAAAACCACGCGUCUUCAUUUGACGCUUCUGGUUCAGUGCAUCAGAGAAUAAAAGUCGUCAUUUUAUUAUUCGAAUUAUUAUUAGCAUUAAGGCAAGCUGGAAGGUUUCUCAUGUUAGAUCUCAGCAAGUCGAAGCUCCAUCCGAAAGUUUUUUAAUUAUUUCUCUCUUACCUGCGGAACAACAUGGAUACUGCAUGGAGCAGUUUUCUCUUCCAGACCACGCCCACCCAAACCCAUCUAGAGGGCUCUCUCCAAUCAGAGCUCAUGCAGGUCCAUGCGAGCUCGCCUCAGAGCCCGCCCAAUGAGUCCAUAGCCACGCCCCCUUCUACUGUGGACACCACCGCCCUCAGUGAGGACCCUUUACCUGAAAAGCCACCGGCUCGCCCAGGACGUGCUGCUCAUAUUUGUGCCAUCUGCAACAAGCAAUUCAAAAAUAGCUACAACCUGCGGCGACACCAGUCUGUUCACACAGGUGUGCGUCUAAAAGGAGGGUCCUCCCAGAACCGUGAAGGUGCCUCUAAAGAGGCCACCGAGCCUAUGACCCUCCUACACCUUAGUAUUGUCCCACCCACUUCAGGGCUUCCUGCUCCACCUCCACAGCAGCCGCUGCUCACUCACGACACCAGUGAUUUAGCCAUGACCAGCACCGUCACACCCCUUCCUCCUCCAACAGCCAUUGUCAUGCCAACCGGAGAGCCGGUACAGCAGAGGCCGGUAAACCCAACACCGAAUGCUAACGUGGUUCGUAAGAACCAUGCUUGCGAGACUUGUGGGAAGGCCUUCAGGGAUGUGUACCACCUGAACCGCCACCGGCUCUCACACUCGGAUGAGAAGCCCUUCUCCUGUCCUGUGUGCCAGCAGCGAUUUAAGAGGAAAGACCGAAUGAGCCACCAUGUGCGCUCACACCAGGGUGGCGUCGAAAAGCCCUAUGUGUGCCCGCACUGUGCCAAGGCCUUUUCUCGCCCUGACCACCUGAACAGCCACGUCAGACAAGUUCAUUCUACAGAACGACCCUUCAAAUGUCCGACAUGUGAAUCGAGUUUUGCCACAAAAGAUCGACUGCGUGCUCACAUGAUCCGGCAUGAGGAGAAGGUUCCAUGCCACAUCUGCGGCAAACUGCUCUCAGCCGCUUACAUCACUGAUCACAUGAGGGUGCACAACCAGUCACAACACCAUGCCUGCCACUUGUGUAACAGAAGUUUUACGACGCUCACAUACCUACGCAUACAUGCUCAGAAGCACCACGGUCAGGAGUGGAAGGAAAGCGGCUUUGGUUCGAGCGGUUCUGUUCUAGUGUGCCAUUUGUGUGGCGUGCACUGCAAGACCCUCACGCAGCUGCAGGGCCACAUGGGUACCCACAAUCCUCCAGGCAGCAGCAGUGGAGAGGGUGCACCCGAUGGCACGGUGGUGCUGAGCAGCAGCAGCAGCAGUAGCAACAUGGCACCAGCACCUGCUGUCUACGUGAGCGCCAACACCAUGGUGGACCUGCUGGUCACCGACUGUUCCUGCAUCGCACAGGAGCCCCAGAGCUAGUACUGCAUGCCUGUAACACACAUCUUCAUCCACAUAACACCGCACACACCUGCACGCCCAGAUACCAAACUGGACCUCUGUACAUACCUGCAUAAGACAUGUUUAUAAGAUUGGUAUAUACCAGGACUAUUCAGUUUUAAUUUGAAAGAAUCCAGCUUGCUUAUGAUUCUCUAAUGAACUCAUGGUAAUUGAUUUUUUUCAAGCUAAACUCUCUUUACAUUCUGAUAGUAAUCAAUAAAACUUUGGAGAAAAUGUGUGUCUGGGCUCUGAAACCAGCAACUAAAAAUGAUCUUGGUUUUCUUAUAUUAAGCAAUGAGGAAGCCCCUCUUCAAAGAGGCAUAUAUGCGUUAAAUAAACAAGAAGGGAUUCUGAAUUGACCGAAAUAUCUGGUCCCACAUUUUAAUAGAGUUCAGAAAAUGGAGCGUUCAAAUGAAAUCAUACAAUAAAAGAGUGUACGAAAGGGAUUGAGUAAACAUUUGUGUCUUCCAGAGCUGAAGUGACUUGAAGAAGUAGAUUUGAAGAGCUUUGCUGAUUGGUGCAAAUAUUAUACUCGGCCAUUUUUUUUUGUAAGGAUAAACUCCUCUCUAAUGUAUAUGAUUUGGUUACUGAGACGGGAAAACAGUGCAUUAGUGUUUAUUUUGGGUAAAAGCACCAGUGUAGGUGAUUCUGAUUUAUCCAGACAAGUCGCACACACGAUUCUCCAAAUUUCGGUGACUGUAUGCAUUGUUUAGCUACUAUAGAUAUUAUGCAUUGAUCUGAUGUUUGUUUUAUUUUUUUUUAUUUUGAACCUCCAAGUGAUAAAAGCACUGCCACUUUCAUCUUCCAUGUUUUUUGGAAGUUGGGUGUUUGGAAAGAGCAAGUGCGAUGGCAAACAUCAAGCUAAAGAACUUUUCAAGAUUUCCUACAUAAGCUACAACACAGUGACCUCCACAAUUUUAAUCACCAUGUUGUGCUGUCAUUGUGACUUUCAAUCUUUUCGUCACAUUGUCUCAUUGGCAAAAACUAAAAUCCUGAUGGACUAAUAAAAAAAUAUAGCCCAUGUGUUGUGUCAUAAAGGUAUGGCUUUUAUCCUGCAGAUAUUUGUUCCAUCACAAAAUAAAAAGAGGGUUCUAUUGAUUAAUGUAUAAUAGUGAAAUAGAUCUCUUGUGUUGUUUUAUUGUCCUACUAUUAAAAAUAUAUAUUGUAGCACUCUUUUUUUUAAAACCAUUGGGCUGUUGACUUUCCCUCCAUGAUGAAUAGCCCUGGUAUAUACUUUAACACUCUCUCUCACAUCUCUCUUUAACAUACCAAUCCACAUUUUUGAGCAAAUACUGUGAAAAGAGCUAUUACACCGCUAGCUGAGCAGACACACACACACACACACACACAUAUAUAUACUCAACAAUUACACAGCCACUGUAGCAAAUAAGAAAGGAAACUCGAUACGCAUGAACACUACUUAUACAAGUCUCCACAGCACGAUGUAGAUCAUCAGUGUAUUAUUGCAACAUGAUCAGCGGUGCCUGAGAAGUUCAUGGUGACCUCAAAGUGGCAUGAGAGCAAUUAAGACACUUCAUUUCAGCACCAAGUACGAUUGCACUGGCUGGAUCUCUGUCCUUUUUCUUCUCAAAGUCCAUUUCACUCUUACUGCUGCAGGAUACAACGAUACUGUGAUUGUGACUUUCUACUGUAUUUCAUAUUCUGCUCUUUCUCCCACACCUUUUUACUCACUCUCUAAUCCAUAAAAAAGGGUUGAUAGAAGAGAAAGAGGUCAAAUAAACUGAAGCGAUGCAGGGAAGACAAAUGCGCGGAGACGUUUGACAAUUCUUGUCUUCUUAACUCCUUAAAUGGAGCACCUCACAGUAAACCUUAAAGGCAAUGCUUUCGGAAAAUGUGUGUGUGUGUGUGUGAUAACUGUCUAGAGCAUUAAUGUUUUGGUGAAAUGUGUCAAAUAAAAAGCAAGAGUCGUAUUCAGGAUCAUUGUGCACCUUAAAACGUUAAUGUGGAUCGGUUAGUGAGGGAAAUCUUGGCUAAAGCAGCCUUGUUAUUUAAAAGAAAUAAUGGUGAAUGCUUGAUUGACUCAGUUAAAGAGGACACUACAUCGUUAUAAUAUUCCAAGCAAAUUAGAAGAUGCAUAACGAGGAACUUACUGAUGCUUGAUAUAUUUUUUUUUUCUCCUGCAAGCAAAAAAAAAAAGCUUAUGAAAUGAAUGCAACUUUUUGUUUCUAAGAGGACUGAGAAAAAUAAUAUUUUGGUCAUGAUUAUUAUUCAUGCUGCAUUUUUUUCAGUGUGUGAAGCAAGUGUUUAAAGGAAGGGCUUAAUCAAACAACUGAAUUUAUUAGCCAGAAAUGAGUAUAUAGUCCAUCUGUUGAGAUUUUGAAAAAAAGAAAAGUAAAAAUACAAAAACAAAAAAAAAAAGAUUUUUGUACUGGGGUGAGUAGUUUGAGCAGUCUAAUGUUGGUACUGUACAUUAUGUGGUCAUUCACUAACUUAAAUUUUCUUUUGUAAUUGGAUUUUUAUUUUGUUUUAUUUUUAUCAGUAAUUGUUUAUUAAGCUCUGAAUCACGUUUAGGUUAAUCUUCAUUUAGCACUAAGCUAAAUACCUCUCCUAUAGGAAUCAGUAGAGUUCUGGCACUGCAUCUCAAUGCCUUAUUGUACCACUCUACCCUGUUUUCAUUGAUUCUAAAGGUAUUUUAAAUUGUAGGCUUGGAUUCAGUACGAAAUAUUAAUGGGAUGUAUUUAUAUUUAUAUUUUUAUAUUUCUCAACAGUAUGCAUGCCUAUUAGCAAUUGUUAGAGCAAAAAAGAAGAAAAAAAAAAGAAUUAUGUUGAUGCUUACCAUGAUCAUAAAUAUUGUCAUUAUUUUGUAGAUUAUGUAGAUCAUGUUAUUAUUUUGUAAUUUUGACUAUUAAAAAGAAAGGCAAGUAAUAAA